AUGGCGUUGACGUGCCAGCAUAGAGGGCAGCACCAAUCAGAACCAAUUAUAAUAGUUGGAUUGACAAUAACUAGCAACCAACUUCAGGCAAUAGCAAAGAGAUGCUCUGACGAUAUUCCAACGGCCUAUUUCUGGUGUAGUGUGUAUGCACCACAGGUUGGCUUGGAUAAGGAGGUAAAAGUGAUAUUUUGGGAGGCUUUAGACAAGGUGGUGAGAAGUAUUCCUAGCUCAGAAAUAAUUUUCAUAGUGGGGGACUUUAAUGGGCAAAUUGGGGUUUUAUCGGGAGGGUACGAUGAUGUUCACAGAGGUUUUGGUUUCAGUAAUAGAAAUGGUGAGGGGGAUGCUCUGUUGGAUUUUGUGAGGGCCUUUGGACUGGUGGUUUUUAAUUUGAGCUUUUCAAAGAAGGAGGAUUACCUAAUUACCUUCCAAAGUGGAGUAGCCAAGACUCAGAUUGACUUUCAGCUGCUUAGGAAGGGGAAUAAGGUUAUAUGUAAUGAUUGUAAGGUUAUGCCGAGUGAGUAUCUUUCAACGCAACAUAGGUUUUUGGUGAUGGACUUAUUUAUCAAGAAGAGAAAGAAGAGUAGGCCUAGAAAGGGUCAACCCAGGAUUAAGUAG